AUGUCAACAGCCAACCAAACAGAGCCAGCAGCCUUGCCUCCUCUAGUUGGAGCUGCAAGAAAUCUCCAUGAGCCAGGUUUACGAGCAGUUGCUUGGGCUGGCGUUGCGACCGCGGGCCUUUUCGUGUCCUUGAGAUUGUUCGCUCGAUAUCGCGAGGCUGGACACUUUUUCGCCGAUGAUUACUGGGUUGUUGCGGCCUUCGCCGUUUUGGCAGUCAAUGCUUUGCUACAACACCUUCAGACACAUUCCCUCUACUAUGUCAUGGAGGUAUCAGCGGGGCGGCUGCCGGUGUCUGAGGACCUCAUCAUCCAGGGAAACAUCUAUGUCCGAUAUGAGUUUCCGAUCAUUGGCUUGAUGUGGACAGUCCUCUGGUGUGUGAAAGCUAGUCUCCUGGCUUUAUUUUGGAGAUUGUUUGAAGGUCUUCCUCGAUAUAGAAGAGUGUGGUGGGGCGUGGUGGUCUUCUGCAUCCUCUCAUAUAUUGGAUGUUGGAUUGCCAGCGCAUGGACCUGUCACCCCCCAAGCACAUACUUUCAAUUUGGUCAGUGCUCCAAGCCUAUCGACGUCAGAGGCGGCAAUAUCAGCAUCUCCUACUCCACCGCCGUGGACAUCCUAUCAGACCUACUCAUCAUGUUGCUCCCUCUGCGACUCCUGCGCGAUCUACAAAUUUCCCGCCCACAGAAGAUCGGGCUCUCUGUCGUCUUUUGUCUCGGUCUUGCCAUCAUUGCCGUCGCCAUUGUUCGCUUAACGCAGAUUAUCGGUCAUGAGCGCGCAGAUCCUGUCGGUCUCGCAGUUUGGGGGCUAGUCGAGAGCACGGUUUCUGUUAUUAUUGGGUGCCUCCCACCAUUGAAAAGCUUUCUCGGGAAACAGAUCUCCAAGUUCACUGGGGCCAUAUAUGGUUAUGGUGGUGGUCAUUCAGGAGGACGACACUCCGGCAAAAUUCAAGGUGGCACUUCGGGGAACAAGUCACCGUUUGCGUCCCGACUGGCUAAGGAAUCCGAUUCUAUUCCUCUCCACGACAGGGGCAGAGUUGACGUUAAAGCCCUCAAGGACGGACAGAUCGUUGUCCAGAAGGACUUUGGAUGGCAAACAGCUGGCGGCAGCACAUUCGACAGGGGCUCGAGUGUCGAGACAACUGACCUGGAGAGUCAAAAGGGCAAUCACUCCACCGUCGACGAGCAUUAUUACGGUGACGAAGUCAAGAUGAUGAACAAGAAACAAUUGGAAGAGUACGAGAUCGGCGUCGCAAGACCCAUGGGGAAAAGACUCAGUCAAAGAGUAUCGUCGCAUGGAAGACAAGUCAGUGACGACGCUCGUUCCAAGACAAGCUGGUUGCAGUGA